AACAGGGUCAGGGAUUUAGACCGCUGGCGGCACGUACCUAUCCAAAAACCCCGGGAUGUAUGGCCAUGGCGCACACAGGUUAUAAUCUUCAAAUUUACAUGGCAUUUUGGACACUUACAUCGUAUCUACAUAAAAUUUACAACCUUUGAAGUCUUUACACAAACAGCUAUUUUUACUGCAGCAUUAUCGAUUGUAUCGAUGAACAGGUAAAGUUUGAAAUUAGCCAAGAUGCCAUGUUGGGAUUCCUGUGCAUCCAAACCACCUGAAAAUGCUAAUGAUCUCGAAACCCACCCUUCUUUGUCGUCGGAGGCGAACUGCUUGAGUUUUGAGCGAGCCUUGACAAUCGCAAAGACAAGCCAGUAUGUAGAUAAUUACAGCCUUCAAACUUGCACGGUCCCUACUAAGGGUGGAAACCCAUCGAAAUUAAGCACCAACCAAAGUAAACAACAACGAAAUAUACCAAGCAUGACAAGUACAACACCCUGGUACACUGAAACGACAGAGAAAAUCAACUUUACCAAACUGUGCAGGCUUCUUUAUGAUGGAGGAACACAAGCUUUAAGGUCAGUUUUUGAUGAUCAAUGUCCACCUCCAUCUUUGGUAGCAUCACUCAAUUCUAAUAAAUCCAAAUUACUGGCACUCAAGAAGCCAAUGGGAAAAGUACUCAAUGAUGAUCAGUGGGAUAAACUCUAUCCUUCUACAAGUGGUGCAAGUCCUAAAUCGGAAGACUUUGACAUCACUUUGCUGUUUGUUCUUCUGAGGAAUAUUUGUCCUGGACUCGCUGCACCAUCUACAGGAUGGGAUAAACCACCGAAUCCAACAGAUAAUAGUCUUGGAGCAAACCUCGUCAGGAUAAAGCUCUACAGGAACAAGGCCAUUGCUCACAGCUCGAGUGCAGAUAUCGAGAAAACUCAAUUUACAAAAUACUGGGAUGAGACUUCAAAUGCUCUAGUGUCGCUUGGACUCAAGAAAGACGACAUUGAUAAACUUAAGUCGGAUCCUCUAGAAGAAGAAGAUUACAAUCGACUACUAAAAGAAUGGGCCCAGGCAGAUGAAGACAUCAAAUCUCAACUGGAAUCAAUCAAGUCCGACACAGCUGCGAUAAAACGCACUCUUGAAGAAAUUAGCAAUGAGAAAGAGAUAAAAGUUAGGAGAGGUAGUCCAAUUAAUAAGCUAGUCUUCUCUGACUUCAGUAGUGUAGUUAAAAAAUUAGUGGGGUCUUAUCAUCCUAAUACACGAGAGUGGGUCUUUGAGGAAGUCAGGUCUUACCUCGAAAGAGAGAGCUCUCAAUCUAUAAUGGUAGUUAUUGAAGCAGGACCAGGAAUGGGUAAAUCUGUUGUGGCUGCAAAAAUAUGUGACAUGUACAAAAAAUCAGAAGGUCAACGAAUCGUCAAAGGAGCAUGUCAUUUUUUUAAGCACAACAAUGCAUUACAAAAUGAUCCAAGGAAAAUGCUGCAGUCCAUUGCAAGGCAGCUUUGUGAGUCGGUCCCUGGUUAUCGCGAUGCUUUAGAAAGAAGCAUCCAACCAACUGCAGACAAAAUCCCUCAGCUGGGAUGCAGAGAACUGUUUACUUUGCUUUUAGAAGAGCCCUGUUCCAAGGUUAAUCCAAAGGAUACUGUAGUUGUUGUGAUUGAUGCCCUUGACGAAUGCAAUAACAUGAAGAAUGAAUUGUGUAUGAGUAAACAACAAGGAAAUAUACCAAGCAUGACAAGUACAGCAGCCUGGACCACUGAAACGACAGAGAAAAUCAAAUUUACCAAACUGUGCAGGCUUCUUUAUGAUGGAGGAACAAAAGCUUUAAGGUCAGUUUUUGAUGUUCAAUGUCCANCAUCUACAGGAUGGGAUAAACCACCGAAUCCAACAGAUAAUAGUCUUGGAGCAAACCUCGUCAGGAUAAAGCUCUACAGGAACAAGGCCAUUGCUCACAGCUCGAGUGCAGAUAUCGAGAAAACUCAAUUUACAAAAUACUGGGAUGAGACUUCAAAUGCUCUAGUGUCGCUUGGACUCAAGAAAGACGACAUUGAUAAACUUAAGUCGGAUCCUCUAGAAGAAGAAGAUUACAAUCGACUACUAAAAGAAUGGGCCCAGGCAGAUGAAGACAUCAAAUCUCAACUACAAUCAAUCAAAUCCGACACAGCUGCGACGAAAUGCACCGUUGAAGAAAUUAUAAAUAAGAUGGAGAUUAAAGAUAGGAGAGAUAGUCCAAUUAAUAAGUUAGCCUCCUCUUACUCUAGUAGUGUAGUUAAAAAAUUAGUGGGGUCUUAUCAUCCUAAUACACGAGAGUGGGUCUUUGAGGAAGUCAGGUCUUACCUCGAAAGAGAGAGCUCUMAAUCUAUAAUGGUAGUUAUUGAAGCRGGACCAGGAAUGGGUAAAUCUGUUGUGGCUGCAAAAAUAUGUGACAUGUACAAMAAAUCAGAAGGUCAACGAAUCGUCAAAGGAGCAUGUCAUUUUUUUAAGCACAACAAUGCAUUACRAAAUGAUCCAAGCAAAAUGCUGCAGUCCAUUGCAAGGCAGCUUUGUGUGUCAGUCCCUGGUUAUGAAGAUGCUUUAGAAAGAAACAUCCAACCAACUGCAGACAAAAUCCCCCAGCUGGGAUGCAGAGAACUGUUUACUUUGCUUUUAGAAGAGCCCUGUUCCAAGRUUAAUUCAGAGGAUACUGUAGUUGUUGUGAUUGAUGCCCUUGACGAAUGCAAUAACAUGAAGAAUGAAUUGUGUAAGGCGUUGGUCGAGGGAAUACCACRUUUACCAUCAUGGMUAAGRUUUGUCAUUACGACAAGACCACCUCCUAGUAUUUCGUCUUUUCGGACAAAUUCUCACAUCUACAUCAAACCAGAAGAUGCCAACAAUAAAAAAGAUCUUAAAGGUUUCAUCGAGGACAAGCUGAAAGAUCUGAAGCAAGAUUCUUUUACAGUGACUUCCCACCAUAUCAAGCAUCUUGUUGAUACGACAGAAGGUAUAUUUUUGGUGGCUUUUUUUCUUAUCGAUUUCUUGGCAGAGAAAAGCUACGCUUCGUUAUCUGAAGCAGUUAAGCACUUUUUAAAAGGUCAUGCGAUUACAUCGGUAUACGAAGACUACUUCGAUCGACUCAAGGAAGCAAUUUUGCCAUAUAUAGAAAGCGAAGAAGGAUUCUUUAGAAUGCUUCAUGCCAUAGUGGAAGCUAAAUUUCCCAUUGAGAAGGACAUUUUCUAUGAAAUUCUUGGCCUUGUUGACGAACCAAGAGUCCCAAACAUCAAAAGAGAGGAUGCCAUCAAUCUCCUCCAUCAAGUUUUUCCAGUAGAAAAUGAUCACGUUUCAGCAUUUCAUAAGACUGUUAUCGACUGGUUAACAACUGGAGAACAUAUUUUCAAAGUAAAGAACACAAAGAAUGUAAUUGCCAACAAAUGUUAUGAAGUCUUGAAAGAUAUCAAAAAAAGAUUCAAUAUUCAUCUUGAGAAAGACAAUCCACCCAUUCUCAACCGUGAGUUCUAUGCCAUACACUUUGGAGAAGACUAUAUGGGGAGCCCAAGCUUUGACGACGCAAAAAGAGUUGAAACACAAACCGAUUGUUUUGUGUUCUGUUUAUAUGGUAUAUGGUAUAGAAAACAUCAUUUGAAAUGUAGCGUAUGCGAUCCUUACGAUAUAGAUAAUACAGGAAGUUCCAGGAUGAUCCAGGAUUUUGUGUCCCAAGAUAGCGGCAACUCAGUGUUUCGGUCCAAUGGGCAUACCGUCAUGCACAUGAAAGACAUUUUUCAAAGUUUAAGAUCUCUUUACCAUGGUGAGGUGCACGAGAACAACUGUCGGUUCGGCGCCAGAACACUUAAGGACGAGCUGCAACCCGUUCUUCAAUUCCUACACCUGCACUACUAUUACAUCAGUAAUAGGAUACAACUUACACCUAAACCAAUUGAGCUGCUCAAGGAAUACGGAUUACCGUACUAUGAAAGAGAGAUCAUAAUGAAGGCACCGUACGACUACGAUACAAAAUGUUUUUCCCCACCCGCACGUCUUUCCUUACCACAGCAUGUGGUUGUUAUUCCUUCAUUACCAAUGGAGAUACUGCCAUGUGACAAAGCAUUUUUCCUUGUGCAAUAUCCCAAGGAAACAAGCACACGACAGGGUAAGUGCACAUUGAUCCAAAAAUAUCAACUGGAUGGGAAACCUAUCAUGGAAAACACAUUCAUCGGUCGUAAAAAGAUGUUCAUGUCUCCUGACUAUCGACUCAUCGUUGCAAUUCCAGUGUUAACCAAAGAAAACAUUGAGAUCAUAGAUGCUGCCAAUCUAAAGAUGCAUACCAGUCACAAGUCACCUAAUGUGGUCAGGUCAUGUCACGUGUAUGGCAGUCAGCCUUGGUACAUCUUGAUAAGAUGCUUUAAUAAUAAAAUCUAUGUCAUGGAUGGAGAAACUGGUAGUAUAAUCCAAGAGCCAGUCGAUAUAGAUCAGUUCGAUGAAGUUGAAGCUGUUAGCAACCUUGGUCACAUUGCUUUGCUUCGAGAAGAGAUAGCAUCUCACGUGCCCUCGACCGGUGUUGAAAACCUCUUUUCAAACGAAGAAGGCACCUUAUUUGAAGACAUGAUGGAAUUCACAGGCAGUGGACCGCACGUCCCCCAUAGAAGGAAGCUUUUCUUGUGCAAUAUUGAUAAAUCAAAUAAACUUACAAAGAUUUGCCUCUACCCCAUAAAAGAGGAGCAACAGUGUGAUUGCGUGGAAACAAAUCGGGUUUUUUUUGGCCGUCAGAUUAUGCAUUUUUCUAAAGACGGACGCCUUUUUGCCUUUGAAUAUAGCAAUGCCAUCACGGUUCUUAAUACUUCUGAUGGUUCGAUUCGUUGCAACGUCUCCUGUGAUGUGCACUCUCCCAAUAAUUAUGUACAGGAAAUAUUGAGCUUAACGACGGACGCCAUUGUUUUAUGUGAUACAAACCAGAUCUAUUCCCUUAACCUGGAAACCCAAAAGUUGUCAUCAGGUCCAAAAAUUACUCUAAACGUGGACAGUUGGGAUCAAGCUUUCACAGCUUAUAAUAGCGGUAUUCAUAUGGUACCAGGAAUUUGCGGGAGAGAGGUAGUUUUUCUCUUCGUCUCCGAAGAUUUUAACAUAUGGUUCCGGCCAAAGACAUGGUCUUCUUUUGACAACCAGAAUCAUUCUACAAAGAAAUUGUUCAUCUGCAAAUAUUCCAUCUUCGCCGAUCUUAAUUUACAGUAGGGAUAGUGAAAUAUUACAAAGAAUUCCCAUAAUGGAGAUGUGCGAUUUAAAAGCGACACAAAAACGAAUACAACAAUUAUUUUUCAUCAGGGAAACUCUCUACAUUGGCUAUAUCUAGUAUUUUGAACGAACAUUAAUUAGGAAGUGUGAAGCCAGGAAUCUCGUUCGUACAAUAUUUAAAAGGACAAGCAAAGGGAUAUAUAACCAGCACAGCUUAACUACGUAAAUCAUAUGUAUAUUAAGGUAUGAUAAGGAUUAAUGUAGAAUGAGUUAUCUAUGAUAACCUUUUAUAGCAUAGUAAUAACGAUAUAUAACCAGCACAGUUUAACUAUAUCAUAUGUAUAUCAAUGUAUGAUAUGGAUUAAUGUAGGAUGAUUUAUCUAUGAUAACCUUUUAUAGUACUAUAGUAAUAACGAUAUACAACCAGCACAGUUUAACUAAACCAUAUAUAUAUCAAUGUAUGAUAUGGAUUAAUGUAGGAUGAGUUAUCUAUGAUAACCUUUUAUACUAUAGUAAUAAC